AUGUCAAAUAGUCACAUAUUCUUGAAGUAUGGAUACCCACAUGCACCCUUUGGCCUGGGCAUUGGUCGCUACGUCUGUCAGCUUCAAAGAGUAACUUUAAAGUUCUGCAAAAAUCACGGUGCCAGUCUUGGAAUUAGGAAGUUUAUAGAAAACAAUUUAAUUGAUUAUGCAAAGGAUAAUCCUGGUGUUGUGGUAUAUAUUAAACCAAGAAGACACAGAAAUCCAGUUGUAAAAGCAGAAUACUUGAAUGGUGAGUCACACUGGAUGUGUGUUGCUAAUUAUACUCGUGAGGAUAUUGUACAAUAUAUGGAAUUAUUGAGAACACAGUAUCAUGAUGGUACAUCGCUUCGAUUGAUUAAAUUAUGGCGUACAGACUUUCCUUCUAUUCAAGGACCUUGGACACCUUUUACAUUCAAGGAUCCGUCUUUGAACCUUGCAAAAUUCCCAGAUGAAAAACUUGGUGAAUAUAUGAAGAAACGUCCUACAGCAACAGAAGAAUUAAUUAGAUUAUUUAAAGAACAACAAGAAGUUGAAAAGUUGAAAGAAGAAGAUAAAACUCAACAAAGCACUGGCUAAAUACAAAUUGUUACUAAUCUUAAUAUUUUGUUAUAUAUAAAUAAAUAGUACGUAUUUGCGAUUAGAUAUCUAUUCUGAAAUUCUGGAAUUCUGAAUCAAUAGAACCUUUUGUAAGUAACAUUCAUUUCUUUUAUUUUGCAUGUUAUAUUACAAAAGAACCUAAUAAAUAAAUAUAUCUAAUAUUAAA